UGUCUGAGUGCCAAGGAACAUCCCAAAAGAUUUACUUUCACACGUGGAGAAUUUUGUCCUUUCCUACUUUGGGUUAAAACUUAACCCAAAUUAAGUUUUAUUGAUAUAACUUAGUUUGGGUUUUAUUUCAAAUGUAAUGGACAGGAAGAUGUAAAAGAAAACGGAGGGGAAAGGUUUAAAGAGAAAGGAGAGAAAGAAGGACAGAGACAAAAGACAACACUAUAGAAGUCUGCUUCUACACCUGCAGAAAGAGAGAGAGAAAAGCCAAACAGAGAACUGAGAAACAAGUUUAGCAUCAAUGAAAAACUACAUGGUACUACUUGAUACAUGAUUAGAGUCAACCGCAGCCCGACAGAGUGUUUAUGUGAAAACAUAUUAUAGGUACAGAUCACUGACAUGCAUCAGUCUGGAAAGGAUUACAAACAUCAAACCGUUGAAGGAGUGGCAGUCCUACCACAACAAAGAGUACAUCAGCAACUCAUCUGGGUCACAAAAGAACCGGCCUGAGCACCGUACACGUCUGGCCUCCAACUAACAGUAUUUUAGAAGAAGAAGAAGAAACAUGUGGCAGACUGAUGGUCUGAACAUUCAGACAAUUCUGAAGGAAAUUCUUGACUAAGUACACAGGGGUCCAAAACACACCAGUAAAAACACCAGUUGAAUGUCUCAACCAAAGGGUGUUUUUUUCCUUCAGCUGCCUAGUUAAAGUCUGGACCUUCUCAAUGAGUUUUUUUUUUUUUUUUUUUUUUUAAAUGAGCAUAUCCAGACUUUUUUUUGCUUCUGGCUGAAAUGUAGGAUCAUUACUUUUGAUAAAAACCUUCAUAUUAUUAAAUUGCUUUAUUUAACAGCAUAUCAUAAUUUUGAAAAGCAAUGUUCAGGAUUCAGUUAUAUGCAUGAACAACAGACUUCACAGCGCUUCAAACAGGAUUUUCAAGUUGUGAAAUAUAAGAUGCAUGUCAUCAUCAAGGCAGCUCAGGCGUUCCAGCGUUGGAGACAUUAAGAGUUCAUUUUAUUCUUUUAACGGUGAAAAGCCUGAAUUGACACCACUAGAGCUAAAGCUUUGCAUUGCACUUUGUGAUGUUAAGGUUGAUAAGCAAUUGCGUGGCCAUGGAAACCCUUUUCCUCAAGCUGUUAAGGAGCGAAUCUGAGAGGCAGAAGUAGUUAGUGUUGAGCUAUUGACCCUGCAGAAAGUUGGCAACCUCUGCAUGCACAAACAUGACUGAGUUCUGAGGUUUCCACACUGCGUUCCACUCAGUCGCUGGGUUGGUCUACAAUACCUCAAACAAAUGUCUGUAGGGAGGAAGUUUCCUGACUGGACUUACUGCACAGGUGGCGUCCUGUCUCGGUAUCAUGUGGGAGUUCAUAAAACUCCCAACGAUUAUUCAUUCUUUGACAAAUAUUGACUGAAACGUCUCCUUGAGUAGUUACUCUCAAGUUUUCUUUUGCCAGGAAAUGUAUAUCCUAAUCAUAAUCACUAUGAAAAAGGUAUUGAGUAGAGUCUGAGAGCAGAUCAUAGCAUUUAAUUCUGAUUGUUUAUUCUGAAAUCUGACUUUUUACGAUCAUUGUCAGACUUGUGUAACGAUUUACUUCCCUGAGGCACCUGCAUGCGCAGAAGAAGAAUGUUGACGUCACGCAGCAGCGUUGUGUUUAUGGAAGUAAUAAUGGAAAACUCCCCCUACCUCGUCCUUUCUCCAAAACUUUUUAUCAAAAUGCCUGGGAUUUUUCGGAAUUGACGGGUUUCCAUUUCUUUUUUUCCUAAUCCCAGUUUGCGCAAUUGUAUGGUCAGUGGAAACGCAGUUACAGACUUCUUUAAUAAUUUCAUAAUUGUGAUUUUCAGCAAUUGUUUUACAUCUGAUCUGGCUUCUUCCGGCGCCGAAUUGCGGCAUCUGUCUCACGUCAGUGACGUAAAUGUCGAUGAAAUGCCAUUCAGUCAGCAGGCCUUUGGAAACGUUCGGAUUUGUAUCCAGUUUCGCACCACAUUUGGAAUUGGCUAAAAUCAGAGUUUUGGGGGGGAUGAAAAGAUCGGAACUGGUGCCGUUGAGCCUUGAGAGAAAAAAUCUCAUAUGGCCAAUUAAAAAAAACAAACCAAUCAGAUUUGGGCUGCUUUUACCCGCUGUGCGAACGUAGCGAAAUGUUCCUUUCCCUUGCGUUUCAGUAUUACAUUGUUCUCUGGAUUCGUCUUUUAUAGUCAUUUUGUUUUUCCACCCAAAAUAACCAACAGCCAGCCUUUCUUCUCAGCAUUAAACAGAGGCAUGUUGCUGAAAAACUCAAAUUUCCCAGUGGAAAUCUGGGCCCUUGAGUUUGUUUCUUCUCCACAAAGCGUUACGUUUCGAAAUCUAUUCUCAGGACCUUGACGUGGCCUAAAGAGCCCCGACGUUUUAUUCCCACUGACCCGGACCACAAACAGCCGCCCGUGUUAUCAGCCCCGCUCGGCCAUGCCAGCUCGGAUUAGAGGCCCCUGUUGCUAUGACGCUCUCAACAUCCGAAAAUAGCUGGAUAGAAAGGGACACUUAAGACAGCAGCAGCUAGCAGCUGCUUCAUGCGCGCUGUCACUGGAGGGCAUAAACAGCAGAGCAAAGCAGGACAGAGCCCAGUCGCAGUCAGAUGCUUCGACGAGAAGCAUCACAGGGGUAAAAAAAAAAACAAACAAAAAAAAACCUCCGACGUCCAGGACACUGCCAGGUGUCUGCAGAAACCCUCUGUUGAGAACCAGCAACCUGAAGCUGACAUUUAAUUUUAAUUUCUUAUUUUUUUUUAGAUAGUGAUUUUCACUCUAAUGAGAGCUGAAGUGUUUGAUUCAGUAGAAAAAAAAGAGUGAGAAAAACAAACAAACAUGGCCCAAAUCACUGCAGAAGAAAUGGCCAGGCUCUUCCCGAAGGUGUCUCUGAGCAUGGCGGAUGAGAAGAUCCGGCUGAUGGCGGAGAAAGUGUACGCCUGUGCCCUGAGAGAGGAGGACACCAAGGACGCCAUGGCCCUAUUUAGCGUGCCGGAGGACUGUCCCAUCGGCCUGCAAGAGGACAGGGAGCGGGAGAUGCAAAAGGAGCUGGCCGAGCAGCACUCUCAGGAUUUAGCGAAGAGGAAGAAGACCUUCUUGCUGAAGCGCUCCCAGUCCAUCUCUAUGCAGGAUGACUGGAGGGCACCUUCACUGCUCACUGCAGGAGGCGCCGAAGCUCCUCUCCCAGAAAACUUCCCAGACUACCAGAGAGUUACCAUCAGUGGAGAUUACUGUGCAGGGAUAACAGUUGAUGAUUACGAACAAGCAGCCAAGAGUCUCUUUAAAGCCCUCGUCAUCCGAGAGAAAUACUCCAAGCUGGCGUACCACCGCUUCCCAAGAACCGCUGCGAAGUACCUUCGCGAUGGAGAGAACUUGGAGUGGAGCGAAGACGACGAGGUUCUGCCAGACACCUGGCCAAGCCCUCCAGAAGGAGAGGACCCGUACUCCAUGGAGGGCAUUCCUGAGAACCUGAACUAUGAGCUGAAGAUGAAGGAUGGAAUAGUUCAUGUUUACCUCAACGCUGAGGCCCUGAAGCAAGAGGAAGCCCUCAGCCUGCCCUACCCUGACCUGGAGACCUUCACCAUCGAUCUGAGCCACGUACUUGCAAUGAUAGCUGACGGGCCAACGAAAACCUACUGCCACAGACGGCUGAACUUCCUGGAAUCUAAAUUCUACCUUCAUGAAAUGCUAAAUGAAAUGGCUGAGAUGAAAGAGUUAAAAAGAGUUCCACAUAGAGACUUCUACAACGUCAGAAAGGUGGACACACAUAUACACGCUGCCGCCUGCAUGAAUCAGAAGCAUCUGCUGAAAUUCAUAAAGCUAUCGUACCAAAAUGACGCAGACCGGGAGGUCUUGGAAAAAGGCAACCAGAAGAUAACUCUCAAAGAAGUCUUCAGGAAGCUCAACAUGGACCCCUACGACCUGACGGUGGAUUCACUGGACGUCCACGCUGGAAGACAGACCUUCCACCGCUUCGACAAGUUCAACUCCAAGUACAACCCUGUUGGAGCCAGCGAGCUGCGAGAGAUUUACCUGAAAACCGACAACUACAUCAAAGGAGAAUACUUUGCGCUUCUCGUCAAGGAAGUUGCCGCAGAGCUGGAGGACAGCCAGUAUCACUAUGCUGAACCCCGUCUGUCGAUUUACGGCCGAUCUCUCAGCGAGUGGGAGAACCUCGCCACAUGGUUCAUCCAACAGAAGGUCCACUCCCCCAACAUGAGAUGGAUGAUCCAGGUUCCAAGGAUCUAUGACAUCUUCAGGGCAAAGAAACUGGUGCCGAACUUUGCCAAGAUGCUCGAGAACAUUUUCCUUCCACUUUUUGAGGCCACCAUCAACCCUCAAAAGCACAAAAUGAUCCACGUGUUCCUAAAAUACGUGACGGGGUUCGACAGCGUGGACGACGAGUCCAAACACAGCGACCACAUGUUCAGUUACAAAAGCCCGAAGCCUGAGGAGUGGAUCGAAGACAACAACCCUCCAUACACCUACUACCUCUUCUACAUGUAUGCUAACAUCAUGGUGCUCAACAACCUGCGCAAGGAGCGAGGCCUGAACACCUUCCAGUUUCGUCCUCACUGUGGUGAGGCCGGCUCCAUCACCCACCUGGUCUCUGCCUUCCUGACUGCAGACAACAUCUCCCAUGGACUCAACCUCAAGAAGAGUCCGGUGUUGCAGUACCUGUACUACCUGGCCCAGGUCCCGAUCGCCAUGUCCCCGCUGAGCAACAACAGCCUCUUCCUCCAGUACUCCAAGAACCCACUGCGAGAGUUUCUGCACAAAGGCUUGUGUGUGUCGCUGUCCACCGACGAUCCCAUGCAGUUCCACUACACCAAGGAAGCGCUGAUGGAGGAGUACGCCAUAGCAGCGCAGCUGUGGAAGCUGAGCACAUGUGAUCUGUGUGAGAUCGCCAGGAACAGCGUCCUGCAGAGCGGACUCUCACACCAGGAGAAGAAAUAUUUUCUUGGCUCCAACUACCUUCAAGACGGACCAGAAGGCAACGACAUCCGGCGGACCAACGUGGCCCAGAUCCGCAUGACGUAUCGCCACGAGACUCUGUGUAAUGAACUCAGCUUCCUGGUGGACGCCGUGAAGACGGAGAGCACUCUGACCCCAACCAAGUUGUAGACCCGACGGGUCAGACCCAAACGCCUGGGCUGUGUCUUCAGACAACGGGACACCGACAAGACAGCAGUUGUUUUUAAAAAAAUCAAAUUCAGUUUAUUGGGUUUUGUUUUUUUCCACUUUUUCUCAUAAUGUUGGGGGUGGGUAAAAAAAACAAAAACUGGGUGGAGCCCCCUGGAUUUAAACCAGUCCAGAUAUCACCAUUUUAUGUGCCUCUUUUGUUUUUUGUUUAGUUUUUGAGUACAUUCGUGCAGUUAUCAUACAGCAACAUGUCUGUAUGAUUAUGAGGGAAAUGUCACUUUUUUUAAUCAAAGUAUUAAUAAUGAUUUUAUGCUGUUGCAAGGAUUUUACUAAAGACUUAUGAUUUAUUGAGUGUGAAAACAUGUUUGGCUACAUUAACAGCUAAAAAAUUGAUUAGAUAAUUAUUUUACAAAAUGUCUAAUUUCUGUUUUCCCACAACUUAAAUAAAGGCUGUAAAACAGA